CUCGCAAUGAGGUCGAGGCUCAGAGGAUUCUCAUCCUUAAGCUUAAUCGUUUUGCUCUCUAGACCAUCAUUUCUAUUCGACCAUUCAUAUAAAUAGUUCUACUUAGUAUAUAUCUUACAGCGUAAUGCUGAAAGUAUCACAGGAAGAAUCGAGGGUUAGUGCGGGGGACAUUCUAGAUAACAAUCAUACCACUCUAAUGUCUUUGAAUCCAUCGUCAAACAUGACUCCGCAGAGGCCUAAGCGAGACCUUUGGGAAGAGGCACUCCAGAGAUUUGAAGAGUCUGACCAAAAAACAGCGUCGAUUCUUCGGGCUGAUGUCGAAAAGAGGCUAAGUGAUGCCGACAUUGUCAGCUCAGUACUUCAACAAGCAUAUAAUGUGUAUGAGGAGUACCGGAAAAAACACUCGGCAUUCCGCGAUGGGAACACAAGAAAAAGGCAUAUAUUCUUGGAUAAGAUCUACAAGAUGAUAAACUCCAUCAUGCAAUUCAAAGGACUCGUGGAUGCCGGGUUGAAAUUUGGUCCUUCUGGAUAUGGAACAAUUGCUUGGACAGCCACAUCGUUUUGUUUUCAGAUGGCCAUUAACCACAACGAUAAAGCUGUCUCAGUACUGGACGGAGCUGAGUAUUUAACUCAUCUUCUUGCACGUUACGCCUUAAUUGAAGUUCGAUAUAUGGCGAUGCCUUCUGAUGCUUUAAACGAACUCGAAACGUGCGUGAUUGGCGUGUAUGAAGCAACACUGGAAUACUUAGCGGAAAUGAAAAGCUUCCAAAAUCAAACAAAACUAGGCAAUCUUAUUAGCUCAAAAUAAAGACCAGCAUAUAUCUCACAGUUGACUUAGGCAUUAUCCUCAAAAGCAUCACACCCUUGUCUGACAGUGCGCUGAAGAAGCUUAAAGAUACUCUUCAGAGCAGAGAUGAAGAGGCAGAUAGAUGGACGAAACUGGUAGAGGACGAAUGUCGUACA